GCGACUUUCAUAAAACUCUGAUGUUCUUUCAACAACUUGAAGAUCAACAAUGGCUCUGGGAUUGGCUUUAUCAUCUGCCUAAUUUAAAGGAAAUCGCUCUUAAAUUGUCCUAAAAUGAGCAAAGAAACAAAGAAGAAAACUGUUUGUGUAGUUGGUGGAGGGGUAUGUGGCAUCUGCAGCGUGAAAUGUCUGAAAGAAGAAGGUAUUGAACCAGUAUGCUUCGAAAAAACGGGUUUCUAUGGAGGAACGUGGAGGUAUCAUGAAGAGGAUGUAGAAGGUCUGGCGUCUGUAACUACAGCCACGGUCGCAAAUAACAGCAAAGAAAUGUCUGCAAUUAGUGACUUCCCUCCACCGAAAGAUCUGCCAAACUACCUCUCCCAUAAAAAAAUUUACGAAACGAUUCAAUUUUAUGUUAACAAGAACAAUAUUCUUCCGAAUAUGUACUUUAACCAUGAAGUGUUGAGCGUUCGUCAGACUGAGGAUUACGACGAAACCGGGAAAUGGACAGUAACCGUGAAAAACUUGUUGACUGGUAAAGUUAUGACCGAUGUAUAUGACGCAGUAUUUAUCUGUACAGGCCAGUUUGCCUAUCCAAAUAUGCCCCAGUUUCCCGGGCAAGAGAAAUUUAAAGGCAAAGUCAUGCACUCAAAGCAGCUAAAGAGAUUUGAAGGGUUCAGAAAUCAGAGAGUUAUUGUACUUGGUAUUGGAUGUUCUGGUGUUGACGCAGCGACGGAAACAAGUAAUUUUGCUGAGCAGGUAUACCUCAGCAGUCGCAAUGGUGGCUGGAUAUUUCCACGACUUGGCCCGUAUGGUCUUCCUUUUGAUGCAUGCUAUUUGAGACGCUGGUCCGAUUUUAUAUUCGGAAGCCUUCCAUACAAAUGGAGUAGCUGGUAUUUUGAAGGAAUUCUAGAAAGACUUAAAUUUAAUCAUUCAAUGUACAGUCUAAGGCCUCCGUACACUAUUUGGGCACAAGAUCCCGUUUUAACCGACGCUUUGCCAUCAAGGAUUCUAUCGGGGCAUGUUAUCGUCAAGAACAAUAUUAAAACAUUUACGGAGAAAGGAGUGAUAUUUGAAGGUGAGACAAAGGUUACUGAAGCAGAUGUAGUAAUUUUUGCUACAGGUUAUCAGUGGAAGUUCCCUUGCCUUCAAGAAGGAAUCAUAACGAAAGAUGGUGACUGCUUGAAUCUUUAUAAAUGCAUGUAUCCUGCCCAAUUACCGCAUCCUACACUGGCAAUUUUAGGAUUUCUACUUCCAUUAGGGCCAGGUUUUCCUUUAGGAGAAGCCCAAUGCAGGUGGGCUUCUCUUUUAGUGAAUGGAAAAGUGAAAUUUCCGACAACAAAAGAAAUGUUUGACGAUGUUCACAAAACGUACGAAGCAAAUUGUAAGCGUUACAAAAGAUCCGACAGGUUGACGACUAGGGUUGAUUACAUUGGCUACAUGGAUGAUAUAACAUCACAGUUUGGAGCAAAGCCAAAUCUUCUGAAAAUAUUCUUCACAGAUCAGAAAUUAUUUUGGGCUUUAUGGAUGGGACCCGCAUUGCCUUACCAGUACAGGCUGCAAGGGCCACACAAAUGGGAUGGUGCACGAGAAGCAAUUCUCACCUACAAAGAGCGCAUGGAAGCUCCUCUAAGGCAUGAAAGACAUCGGAAAACUAAAGGUAAAAUCCAAAAAAUACCAAUAAAACUGAUACUUGCCUUUAUUGUCUUUUGGUUUUGGAUAACAAUCGUUGCUGAAGUCAAUACGAAUUUGUAGCAUCAAAUGCAAGUUUAAAUGAAAGUUCUUCAUUAUCUUGUAUCUAGUUACUUUGAAAAAUGAUCUCUAAGUCAGUACAAGUUUAUAAAGAGGGUAAGAGGCAAUAAAAUUCUAUGUUUUAUGUUAAGAUAAUUGGAAGAAGUUAAAUUUUGUGGAAUUUCAUUUCGUUUUUCCACGUAAUUGAUUUUUUAUGAUUUGUACUCAACAGCAAAAACGUGCACUCGGGUAGUUAAUACUUUAAGUAAUGCAAACAAUUGUAUUGUGUUGAAUAAUUCAUUAAUUUGCUUUAAUUACAUAUGUAUUUUAUUUCCUAACAAGUUUAUUUUUUAAUAAACGAAUUAAAAAAAUGAA